CCUAUAAAUAAAAUACAAGAAAAAGCGGGAUUCAGUUGGCCAUUUCCUCCCUUCUCUGUUCGUUUGUGAUCAUCUUCCACGACUGCUUUUUUGAGCUCUGCCCGUCUGUCGUGAGUCUCCUGGAGUCUUGCCGCUGUCAUCAGAAGAGAAGAGAAGAGAAGAGAAUGCUCGGAAUUCAAUUCCACGUUCGUACGCUCUUCGGUAUGGGAGCUUCUUCAAUCGAUCAAGCAAAUGCAGGUCGUUCUAUUUCGAAUUCGCUGAGUUGCUCUUCGUCUCCCCUUUCAUUUCAAUUAGGAUGCCAGACCAGAAAAUCUCACGGAUCCAAAUCGUUUGUCAUUUAUUGUAAGGCUUCUCGUCGAAGCUUUGGCGGGAAAUCCAACAAUGAUGGCAAAGAACGCGAUGGCGAAUACCUCGAAGCCUUCAUCAUGGUUUCAGAGACUACCAGGCAUUACCAGUUGCGUAGGCAGGGUUUUGUAGAAGAAACAAAGUGGCAAUCAUCUGGUCAAUUACUUCCUUUCCCCAUCAAAGGAAACCAAUCCAAAGCUGAUCUUCAUUUGGUUGGUCAUGGGUUUCUCCGUCGUUUUCAGAACCCCACAAUUUUUCUAAAAGUUUCUUGUGAUGGAGACUUCUUGUUGCCAAUUAUUGUUGGUGAAUUUGCUGUUGAAAAAUUAAUAGAUGCCUUCAAGGAGGAUAUCAAUGGGCAUUCUCCUGACCAGUUCCAGUUUGUGAGAAAUCUUGUUGAGAAACUUGAUUACGAAGUAAAAAUGGUUCGUAUUACUGAAAGGGUUGUAAAUACUUAUUAUGCCAGAAUAUACUUUAGCAAGCCAGGAGAAAAGCUGCUCCUAAGCGUGGAUGCACGCCCAUCAGAUGCCAUUAAUAUAGCAAAAAGAUGCAAGGUGCCAAUUUAUGUAAACAGACAAAUUGUCUUGUCUGAUGCUAUUAGAAUUCUUUAUGGAGCACCAAGAGGAAACAAUGUGAAAUCAGUUUAUGAUGUAUCCUUGGACAGUGCUGCAGAUGGUCCUGAUUUACUAGCUGGGGAACUCAAUAUGGUGAAGAAUAUGAACUUAGCCGUUAAAGAGGAAAGGUACAAAGAUGCAGCAAUGUGGAGAGACAGACUCUCAAGGCUCUGGGCAUCAAGCAAAGAACCUUAGGUGCAUAUUACUUUGUGUUUCUGAUUGGGUGUUUUCCUCUUAAAUGGAGUCAGAGGAACCAUAAUCCUGCAGAACAUGAUAGAACACUUUGUAUCUUCCAGAGAAUGGUAUGUACAGCUCCUAUGAAUAGAAAUGUUUUUACCAUGUAAAUAUGAAAUGAUGCUAACUCUUAUUGGUUCUAGGUUGUUGGGUGAUCCAUCUUUUCUGACAAAAUAUGUAUGUCUUGGUAAAUGAAAUAUCCGAUAAAAUUUAUUAGCAAGUCUUUCCCUUGACCUGAUUUUCUAA